CGGCGUGGGGGGAGGCAGGGCGGAGCCGCACCGCAGGCCCGCCCCCGCCGGCAGCUGCCUCCGCGCGCCAAAAUUAAACCCGGGGCCCGCCGGCCGGGGAUGCUGCGCGCAGGCCAGUCGGGGCAGGUUCGGCAGCUGCGCGAGCCCGGCGCGCACCUGUGACCGCCUCCCCGCCCGACGCGCUUGGGGCCGCCGCCAGACGAACAUGGCCACUCCGCCCAAGAGAAGCUGCCCGUCUCCCUCCACCAGCUCCGAGGGGACCCGCAUCAAGAAAGUGUCCAUCGAAGGGAAUAUCGCUGCAGGGAAGUCAACAUUUGUGAAUAUUCUUAAACAAGUCUGCGAAGACUGGGAAGUGGUUCCUGAACCUGUAGCCAGAUGGUGCAAUGUUCAAAGUACUCAAGAUGAAUUUGAGGAACUAACAACGUCUCAGAAAAGUGGUGGGAAUGUUCUUCAGAUGAUGUAUGAAAAACCUGAACGAUGGUCUUUCACCUUCCAAUCAUAUGCCUGUCUCAGUCGAAUACGAGCUCAGCUUGCUUCUCUCAAUGGCAAGCUCAAGGAUGCAGAGAACCCUGUAUUAUUUUUUGAACGAUCAGUGUAUAGCGACAGGUAUAUUUUUGCAUCUAAUUUAUAUGAAUCUGACUGCAUGAAUGAAACGGAGUGGACAAUUUAUCAAGACUGGCAUGACUGGAUGAAUAACCAAUUUGGCCAGAACCUUGAAUUGGAUGGAAUCAUUUAUCUUCGAGCUACUCCAGAAAAAUGCUUGAAUAGAAUAUAUUUACGUGGAAGAAAUGAAGAGCAAGGCAUUCCUCUUGAAUAUUUAGAGAAACUUCAUUAUAAACAUGAAAGCUGGCUCUUGCAUAGGACACUGAAAACCAACUUUGAUUAUCUACAGGAGGUACCUAUCUUAACAUUGGAUGUUAAUGAAGACUUUAAAGACAAACAUGAAAGUCUGGUUGAAAAGGUCAGAGAAUUUUUGGGAACCUUGUGAUCUUACUGAAGACUACAGGUGACCAUAUGGUUCCAGAUCCUUCAGCUUUGUAUGUCUUCAUAGCUCCACAUUCAUGCAAGUCUUUUUAGAAAACCCAAGUUUUUAACCAUCUUUGUUCCAAGAUAAAAAGAUUGUCUUAAUGAAUUUCAUGUAAAACUUUAAGACCUCUUUCUCUAAUUUUUUUCCCUUCCUUUUUUUUUUUUGUUUAAAAUGACAUUUAGUUACCUUUCACAACAGGAAGUCUGGAGGUAGUUGGUUCUAGAAUCAGUAUAGUGCCUAACUUGUGCCUUAUAAAGGCCAAGCCUCCAUUCUAUCUUUCCCCAUAGUCUUCCUCAGAAGAUUUUUUUGUUUUUUGUUUUGGUCAUGGUGCUUCUCACUUUGCUGGUAACCAUUUUCUUAAUUGGUAACUUUAAUGUCACAUAGUAAAUGGUGUGUGUCCUAUGUAAAUUAGCGCACCUAUUAAAAGUUGAAAAGUGGAAUUUAAGGAAUCACAGUAAUAAGGAUUCUGAAGUUUUAUUUUAAAUGUUUAUCAGAUGCCUCUCAUUCCACCUUAAUUUAUGUGGAAAAUAAGGUCCAAGUUCAGUAUUUAAUGACUUCACUGAUAUUUAUUAAUAUGUCUAUAAAAAUGUUUGUAGAGCAGGUUUGACUUUGUUCCCAGUUUGGCAAUGGGGGUAACCCAUCUUAAGUCAUUUAGUAUUUUCUCUACCUUUGCUUCUCAUUUGUAAUAAGGAUAAUCUUUCACUUAUCCUUUUAUGUGAAAUUUUAGAGGACUGAAGAGAAACUCUUUCUUAAUAGAUAACUGAAAGUUAUAGAAAAGUGUAAAGAUUCAGUGUACAUGGAGCUUAAAAUUGCUACCUGUUUUAUCUCGGCUCUGACUAUUCUUUUUGAAUGGAAAAUUAUUAUAGUUGAAAGAUUUGUUUAAUCUAUAAUUGUCCUUAAGUCAUUUGAGUUGGAAGUGUAGUUUGUUCUAAGUUUCUUACCGAAUAUGAACUAUUAAGGGAACAUAGUGUAUAGUUUUUCUCUACUGUUUCUUCUUUACUUCAUACUUAGAAGUCAGAAAGUAAAGCCAUCGUGAACUAUCUUAUUAGCAGUUUGGUCUGUUUAGUCCCACCUCUUAUAUCCUGACUCAUACUGCUUUUUGUACUGUCUGGAUUAAUUAGGUAGCCUGCUAUUUUAAAGUUUACAUACAAAUCACACAUUUCUACUUUGAGAGCAUUGUGGUUCCUCUUCACUUCAUAGUUUGUUUUAUUUUGUUUUGUUCCUUUCAGAGAAGUUAUUGAUAAAAGAUGUUCUUGCUUUUUGUGUAAUAUAUCAUGAAAGUAUUAUCAUUUUUUGUUGAACUAGGAAAUAAAGUUUAAAAAUACAAGGAAGUUGAAACUUCCAUUAAUGUCACACUUAUUUAAUCUUAAAACUACUAUGUGAAUAGUUACAAAAAGUCUGCUUAGAUUCAUCUUAGCUCUGUGUAUGAUUAAAGAAGUUUUUUUUAAGGUAUGUAGCAUACUUCCAUUGUAUUUAACCUUUAUUUCUAUUUCAUGUUUUAGAAAAAUCGUGUGCUUUUUGGAAUGAAGGAAAAAGUCACAUUUAUUUUGAAACUACCAUUUUCUUUCCUCAAAUGUCAUGUUUUAUUUUUUGUUCCUUAUUCAAUGAUGACAAUGUUUUGGAUUAGCCAGUCUGGAUGCACUGAUCUUUGAAACAGUGACUUAAUUUCAAAUCUGUAAUUACUAUUAGUAUUUAAACUGUCUCUUCUGUGUGUUUUUGGUUAAUUUUUGUUUGAAAUACAUGAACUUGUCUACUUAUUUACAUAUUUGUUAAUAAAUAAGUUUAAAUCUAAUAAACUACAAUGGAGGUAAUUCAUUGAUCUAUUUAGAAUUAAAAUUUUAUUAUUGAAGAAAAUUACAAAAAUAAAAGAGGGAAAAUGGUUUAUAUAAAUUACAUUGAUUAUGUUUUAAAGGGAGGCUUUAAUUCAGUCAUUUUCAGUAGCCUUUAAAAAUGUUUAAUGACUUUUUAAUCUGUAGAAUUAAAUCAGACUAAUAAAAAUACAUUGUUAUUUAUUUGUGAUAACAAAAGCUGUACUGAUAUGGUGGGAACAUGAAUUGAGCCAAGUGGUCUGUUUUAUUUCUUGGGUAUUUUCCUAUAUUACUUUCCAUCAGCAUUUAUUUAUUUUUUAAAUUUGCUCUUCUAAAAAGUUACUUGAUAGUACAAGACUAAUUUUCUUAAUCCAGAACUUUUUCUUCUGCUGUGCCUGAAACUUAGAGCCUAUAUAAAGCCAACAGAAAUUAGGUCUGUCAUGCUUUACAGAACAGAGUCUCGAAGUGUUUUUAAAGUGGAGCAAUAAAUGUUACAACCUCCAGAAAGUUGGUAGAUAAGUUAAAACAUUGAAGUGUUUACAAACCCAUGGGCUGCAGUGGUGGUGCAUCAGGUUAAGCUGCUGCCUGCAAUACCUACAUUACAUGGGGGCGCAGGUUUGAGUCCUGCAUGUAAGAAAGCAGCAGAAGAUGGCCCAAGUGCUUUGGCCUCUGCACUCACGUGGGAAACCCCGAAGGAGUUCUUGGCUUCUGGCAUCAGCCUGGCCCAACCUUGGCCAUUGUGGUCAUUUGGAGAGUGAACUAGCAGAUGGAGGGUCUCUGUCUCUCUCUAUCUGCUUCUCUCUGUAAUUUGCCUUUCAAAUAAAGAAGUUUGGAAAAAAUAAAGUGUUUACAAAAUACAGUGUAAAUAAUAACCUUCAUCUGAAAAACAUUGCCUUAAAUAUUUUGAAAUAGUUUUAGAUUUCCUAAAAGUUGUCCGUCACUUGGCUAGCCCGAGUGAUAACAGUUGAGGUACCAUAGUAUAUUACCUAAGCAAUAUUGUUAUUAACUACAGACCUAGUUUGGAUUUUACAAGUUUUAUCUCAUUUUUAAUUAAUAAAUUUAAAAGAAUAUUUUUAUAGUAGUUUCUGGCUCAGCAAAAUUGAGUAGAAAGUACAGAGGUAAACCGUCACCCAGAGGCGGUUUCUUUUCUUUCUACUCUGUGUACCUUUUCUUUUUCUGAUUACAUUAGCUAGGAUUUCCAUUAAUGUUUAAAAAGUUGAUGUUGGGGGCAGAUGCUUUGGCAUAGUGGGCAAAGCCACCGUUUGCAGUGCUGGCAUCCUAUAUGGGCUCUGGCUUGCGUCCCACCUGCUCCACUUCUGAUCCAUCUCCCUGCUAAUGGCUGGGAAAGCAGUGGAAGACGGAGUGCUUAGGCCCUUGCACCCAUGUUGGAGACCUGAAAGAAGCUUCUGGCUUCCAAAUUCAGAUAGGCGCAGCUCUGGCCAAUGUGGGCAUUUGGGGAGUGAACCAGCAAAUGGAAGAUUUCUAUCUGUAUCUGUCUCUCCCUAACUCUGCCUUUCGAAUAAGUAUACAGAUCUUUUUUUUUUUUUUUUUUAAAGUUGAUGUUGGUAAACAGUGAUAUGAGAAGACAUCCUUGCCGUAUUCCUGAUCUUUUU